AUGAGCUCACGUCGAGCUCGAUCACUUGAUGGACCCAGAGGUCGAAUCGACCUCAUGAGCAACUGGGGAGCUGGAGAAGAAGAUGUACUACCUAAUGGUUCAUUUCUUUUCGGAGCCCAACUAAAGGGGAAGAUAGUCAAAUUCCGCCGCCGUACACGACGGCGACACUGUACUAUGACCGCCGCCUCCCUCCGCCUACACCGAUCCCUCCUGCACCGACUCGACCAAUCUCUCUCCGUCGUCCCUCAUAUAACUUCCGUCCUCCAAUCCCUAGACCCCCAAAACCCUAAAACCCACCAAAACCCCGACCCUUCAAUCCUCAAUCACUUCUCUCCUCACCUAACCCCUGAUUUAGUGAUCGACGUCGUCAAGAGCCAAACGAAUCCUUACCAUGCUCUCUUCUUCUUUACCUGGGCCUCGGGCCCCGUCGCGCACCCCAACAGCUAUCGCCUCCCCCACUUCUGCUACAUCGCCAUCACCGACAAACUCCUCUCGCACAAGCUCUUCUCCUUAGCAGCCGAUUUGCUGAAAACCCACGACAGAUUCUCGGAUUUCAUGGUGGGUAAGUUUAUCAAGGCCCACGGCGAUUUGGGCCACCUGAAAUGGUCUGUGAAGCUUUUCCGGCAAGUUAAAACUGGGGAUUUUGACGGCUGCCUGUUUUCUCUCAACUCUCUUUUAGGCGUCUUGGUGAAGGCUCAUAAGGUGGGUACUGCUUGGGGGUACUUUGGGCAGGUUGUGAUAAAAAUGGGCCUUGUUAAACCCGAUGUCUCGACUUACACGACCAUGAUCAGGGGCUUUUGCCAAACGGGCAUGAUCGGGGAUGCAGAGAAACUGUUUGACGAAAUGACUGUUGGGAAAAACUCCAUAGCUUACAACGUCAUGCUCGACGGGCUCUGCAAGAAGGGGCUGGUGGAAAAAGCCCGAAAAGUUCUCGACCGCAUGGCCCAGGACGAGUCCUGCUCGCCCAAUACCGUAUCGUACACGACGCUGAUCGAUGGGUACUUCAAGAGACGGGAGUUUGAAAAUGCAUUGAAUUGCUUUGAUGAGAUGAUGAGUGUGGGUAGUUGCGAGCCUAAUGUGUUGACGUACAAUGCUCUGAUAAACGGGCUCUGUUUGAACGGGCUCGUGGACGAAGCUAAAAAAAUGAUGUGCAAAAUGAGGCUGGGUGGACUAAGGGAGAGUAUUGCAGCCCACACGAGCUUGCUAAAGGGAUAUUGUAUCGCGAAUAGAUCGACAGAAGCUAUACAACACUUUAGAGAAAUGUUGGAUCUCGGUAUGAUUCUCGAUGAGAAAUCGUACACCGUGAUCGUGAAGGAGUACUGCAAGCUCGGGCGGCUUGAUGAAGCCGUCGAGAUUUCACGGGAAAUGAGGGCGAAAGGGAUCGUGCCCGGCACGGCCAGCUUGAACGCGGUUUUGAGGAGUUACGUGAGAGAGUUCGACAAGGCGAUUAAUUUCUUGAAAAGGAUGACCUGUCCGAAUUUCAUAUCUUAUUCGGAGGUGAUAAUCGGGCUCGUGCGGGCCGGGGGGAGUAUGAAGGACGUGGAUAUGCUCGUGGGCGAGAUGGUCCGUGAUGGGUAUGGGCUUGAUACGACAAUGUAUGGGUUGUUGAUCGAAGGCUAUUGUCGAGAGGGGGAUACGAUGAAGGCGACUAGUGUUUUUGAGGAGAUGAUUGGAAAGGGGUUUGUAAUUAGGAAGGAUUGUUUGGCGGUUUUGGUGAAGGAGUUGCGGUCGAGGGGUUUGUUGAGUGAGGUGGAAAGUGUGUUUGGCUUGUUGAGGAGUAGUUGCGGGGCUUGUGAUGUGGAAGCUUAUGAAAGUGUGUUGAACUAG